UUAAGUUGGAAGUCUUUUAUUUGUGUGGAAAUUAAGCAGAUUAUGGAGGAGCAAUUGGGGCUGCUAAAAGUUGUUGUUGUGCAAGGGAAAAGACUGGUCAUCCGGGAUUUCAAGAGUAGUGAUCCUUACGUUGUAGUCAAAUUAGGCAAUCAGAUAGCAAAAACAAAGGUCAUAAAUAGUUGCCUUAAUCCAGUCUGGAAUGAAGAACUGACUUUCUCCCUCAAAGAAUCUAAUGGAGUUUUGAGUUUGGAAGUGUUUGAUAAAGACCUCUUGAAGACAGAUGACAAAAUGGGACAUGCACAACUCAACCUUCACCCACUUGUCUCUGCUGCUAGACUUAGGCAGAUUCUGCAGAACUUCAAUGGCAAGAUGGUGUUAAGGAAGGUUGUCCCAGAUAGUGACAACUGUUUGGUCAGAGAAAGCUCCAUCACUUGUGUCAAUAGUAAUGUUGAGAAAGCUCCAUAUUUCUUCUCUAGUUGUGAAUGUUUCUUGCUUGCUCAUUUGGAAAGCAGUUUUGUUCAAUAA